AGCUCCUCUGGCGACCGGCUGCCGGCUCUCCUGGGGAUUGUAAUUGGCGGCGGUGGCGGCUCAUCCUCGAGAGCCGUUGAAGGAGGUCGGAGCAGCAGUCACGCAACCCGCGCCUUGAGCCGCCCGCCUCGCCAUGGUGGACAGCAUCUACCGGACUCGCUCGCUGGGCGUGGCAGCCGAGGGGCUCCCGGACCAGUAUGCGGACGGCCGGGCGGCGCGCGUCUGGCAGCUGUACAUUGGCGACACGCGGAGCCGCACGGCCGAGUAUAAGAACUGGCUGGUGUCGCUGCUGCGCGGACAGCGCUGCAAGACGGUGCUCGACGUGGCCUGCGGCACCGGUGUGGAUUCCAUUAUGCUGGUUGAAGAAGGAUUUAGUGUCACCAGCGUAGAUGCCAGUGACAAAAUGCUCAAAUACGCCCUGAAGGAGCGAUGGAACCGUCGAAAAGAAGAUGCCUUUGACCAUUGGGUAAUUGAGGAGGCUAAUUGGCUCACCUUGCCACAGGAUCUACAGAAGCCUGGUGAAGGCUUUGAUGCUGUCAUCUGCUUAGGGAAUUCUUUUGCCCAUCUUCCAGAUUUUAAAGGUGACCAGGGUGUUCAUAAACAGGCUCUUAAGAAUAUUGCCAGCAUGGUUCGUCCAGGUGGCAUUCUUGUCAUUGAUCACCGUAAUUAUGACUACAUCUUGGAAACAGGUUGUGCCCCUCCUGGGAAAAAUAUCUACUACAAGAGUGAUUUAACCAAGGACAUUACUACGUCGGUUCUCCUUGUGAAUAAUAAACCAAAUAUGGUGACACUGGACUACACAGUGCAGGUCCCACAUGAAGGCAGUGAUGGAAAUUCAGAACUAAGUCAGUUCCGUCUCUCUUAUUAUCCUCAUCGUCUGGAGCCUUUCACAGAACUACUGAAAAAUGCAUUUCAAGGCCUAUGUGAACACACAGUCAUGGGGGACUUCAAGCCUUACACACCAGGCCAGCAGCCUGGCCCAUGCUAUUACAUCCAUGUAGUGAAGAAAACUGGCUGAGAUCUAGUCAACAGACUAUUCUAGCAGUCAUAUGGGGUCUUUUCAGUGGGUGGCGAGGUGCAGAACUUGUUCAAGCAAGAAUAAAUAUGCAUAGGUACUACA